GCGCCGGUAGAGGGGAGGCCCGGCCCCCAACUGCCCGGGCGCCCAGGCCCCGGCCCGUCACGUGACCCGGGCGCCAGCCGGCGCGGCCGCACGUGCGCGCCCGGGGGCUCCGCGAGCCGGACCUGGGCCGGGGUAGGGGUAGAGGAGGAAGGCUGAGGCCCCCAGCGCCUGGGUGGUCGCUCCCCCACGCCGGCCCCCGGGCCGCAGCAAGUCCCUUUCCCUCCCUGAGCCUCAGUUUCCCCUCUGAGAGACGGGGGUAAGGAGAGCACCCGCUCGGAGCGUGAGGGUGAGGAUUCAGUGCAGUGCCCAGUUCCGAGCCGACACAGGGUAGCGCCCGUUGCAUAGGAGUUGCUAUCGGAUUUCACCUUGGACCCAGCCCCAGGAACGGCCCGACACAGGUGCCGCUCAAAAGACAGCUGGCCGCCGAGAGCCCUUGGAGCCAAGAGCACCCUGCCAUUCUCAUCUGUGCAGCUGCUCCCGCACAGAUCCAGGGAACAGCCCUGUCCAGCAGGCUUCGAGAGGGAGAAGGGGACUUCAGGUAGGCUCUUGCCUCCUCUUGCUGCCAGGCCGCUUCUUAGAGCAGGAGGUGCCGCUGCUGAGUUGGGUGCCUGAGCAGAGACGUGGCUGGUGACAGCAUGACGAGCGAGGUGAUAGAAGAUGAGAAACAAUUCUAUUCGAAGGCCAAGACGUACUGGAAAGAAGUCCCGCCCACGGUGGACGGCAUGCUCGGGGGGUAUGGCCACAUCUCCAGCAUCGACAUCAACAGCUCCCGGAAGUUCCUGCAGAGGUUUUUGAGGGAAGGCCCAAACAAGACGGGAACCUCCUGCGCCCUGGACUGCGGAGCCGGCAUUGGAAGGAUCACCAAGAGGCUGCUCUUGCCGCUCUUCGGAGUGGUGGACAUGGUGGACGUGACGGAGGACUUUCUGGUCAAAGCUAAGACCUACCUGGGGGAGGAGGGCAAGAGGGUGCGGAACUACUUCUGCUGCGGGCUCCAGGACUUCAGCCCCGAGCCCAGCUCCUACGACGUGAUCUGGAUCCAGUGGGUGAUAGGCCACCUGACCGACCAGCACCUGGCUGAGUUCCUGCGGCGCUGCAAGCGGGGCCUGCGCCCCAAUGGCAUCAUUGUCAUCAAAGACAACAUGGCCCAGGAGGGCGUGAUCCUGGACGACGUGGACAGCAGCGUGUGCCGGGACCUCGAGGUGGUCCACAGGAUCAUCCGCAGUGCGGGCCUCAGCCUCCUGGCACAGGAGCGGCAGGAGAACCUCCCCGAUGAGAUCUACCAUGUCUACAGCUUGGCCCUGAGAUGAGCGGGGGCUGGCAGGAGAAACCGAGGGACCAGUGGGGGUGGGGGGAGCUGGCUGCCGGGCGAGACCCAGAGGCUCCACGUUGGUGGUUUGGGAGUGUUGAGUGAGGCCACCAAAUAUACCUGUCUGCUGUUCACUCACUAUACAGGCUUUUUUAAAAAGGCAUAAUGGGGCCUAGCGGGGAGGGGUGUGGCUACGGGGCAGUGAGGCGGUAGCCUGGCUGUGCAGCCCCCAGAGGCGAGGCCUGGGCAGGGAAGCCCUGCAUAGAAAUAGGCCGACGGAUCACCUAUGGCCUCGGGCCUGGCGGCCUUAAGAGCAGCAGAGCCCUUAACGUGGCUGUGCAGGACUUGACCUCGGGGGGCCGGGCCGGGCGCUGCGAGCCUGCUGUCUCCUGCAGCUGGGGGGGGCGUUCGUGUUGAGUCCUAUUUGGUGAGGGGGCUCUGGUGACCUCAGUGAUCAUCACGACAGCCUGCAGCAUGGGGAGAGGUCUGUUUCCUCACUCUUGGCUGUGCCUGAGGCUCCUCCUUGGUGGGCAUUUUCAAUCAAAAUAAAAGGUGACCCCUGUGCCGUGAAGGCCCGAGCCAGUC